UCAUUUUUAAGCAGGAGCUGGUUCUUCAGUCGUCUGUUUGUUUACCCAAUCGUGACGUCCGUGAAAGGCGUUUUUUCUCAACAGGAAGCCGCUUCAGCAUUUUAAUUAUCAAGAACAGAAAUAGCUAUUCUAUUGUUUUAAAAGGUUUAAACAAUUAAUUAGAAAGCAAACUUAUUUUUAAAUCUGUUUGCAGGUUCAAUUCAAAUUUAAGAGAUGCUGUGAAUGAAAUUAUUUCAAGGAUCUAUGUGGAUCUUGUAAAAAGCAAAAUUUCUCAGAUUGCAAAUUUCUUUAAAUCUUUGAAUAAAUAUGUCUAAAGCAGAGUAUAGGCCGCCUGUUCGGCCUCCUAGAGGAGGUAAAGUAUCAAAAGACACUAGUGGGAGAUUAAUGAACAUUAUUGCAGAACUUUCAGUUUCGAAAAGCAAUGAGGAUCGAAAACAUAGAAUGCAGUUAUUAAAGAAAGAUUUUGAACUAAGUGAUGCUCGUUUAGUUAAACUAAUUUCCGCUCAAAGAGAACAAUUGAAUACUACUAUGGAGCUUUUCAGUAGAAUAUCUGCAAAAAUCAAUAACAGUAGAAGAGGCUGUCGUAAUGUGAAAGAAAAACUACUUGCAUGCAAAUCGCUUUUAGAAUGCAAACGAGAUGAGAUCAAGAAGCUGUCUGAAUCAUCUAUUGAACACCGAGAGGUUCUGAGUAUGCUUAAACAAAUAGAGGAACUGAACAAAGUUCAUGAAAAAGUUGAAGAACAUUUGAAACAAGGUCGAUUUGAAGAAGCUACACAGCUGCUGGUGUCAUCCAUAGCAUUACUUAAUGGUAAACUAUCUGCUGCAGAUGCAUUAAAAGAUUUAAAAGCAGAUUUGAUCCAAAUGAAAAAGACUCUGCAUAAUGUUUUGGUAAAAGAACUCCACAAGCAUUUAUAUAUGUCUCCCGCAGAAGUGUUUUGCACUAAAAGUAUUGAUGAAUCUACAAAAAGCAAGUCUUAUGAAGAGCUGUUUUCGAACAGAUCGCAAAUUAAACUUCCAAUUGAAGGGCAAUAUCAAGAUUUCAGUGCAGAUUCUAAUUAUAAACACAUUUCAUUAGUUUUAAAGUGCUCAUCCGAGUUGAAUACAUUACCCGAAACAGUAGAGAUUUUAAAAGAUAAAUGCUCAAUGGAGUUGUUACUUAUAAUUAAAAAUACUUCAAAGUUAAUGCACGAAACAUUAGAAAAUUCACCAUUCCCAAGUAAAACAGCACUUGUAUAUUCAGAAUCUCAUAAUAAAGAACAGCAGCAAUGUCUCCAUGACUUAGUUGAACUUAUUCUUGAAGAAUUUAGAUAUGUUGCUAUUAAUCAUUAUUACUUUUUGGAUAAUGUGCAAAGAAUUGCUAUGACUAAAGGGUUGACUGACUUAUCGUUGACUCAAUAUGAAAUGGCUGAUAUUUAUUCUAAACUACAAACUGCUGUCGAAAUUCUUAUAGGUAAUUAUUUAGAUUUGCAUAGUGCUUCCACAACUCAACGUUCCACUGCAGCUUUCUCUAAGGUGCCAGCCACUGCUGAUAUUUCUUCUUACUUUUUGCGCAAAGGGAUGACUAGGGCUAAAAAACAUGCUUUAUUCCGGUUUGAUAGUUCUUCUCAUGCUAUAAAUAAAAAAACCUACUUACAAGAGCAAAAGGACUUGAACCAGAAAGGUGAACUUGAUUCUGAUGAUUUGCCUGUUUUGAUAUGUGAGCCAAAUGCUCAAAAUAUAACUGUAGUUUACAGACCGAUUAAGAAAUUUAUCUCUGAAAUUGAAAAUGUUCUAAGAAUGGACAACACAACUCACUGUCCUUUGCAUAGCUUUCUUGAUGACUGUGUCAGGGUGUUUUUGGAUGAUGUGAAUAUCAACAUCAAUAGACUGGUUGAAAAAAUAAGCAAUGGAAUAGACAACUGGGAAGCAAUGACGGACAUCGAUGAAUUAAAAUCGGCUAAUGCCAAAACUCACAUCUUGAGUAGUACACUUUUAUUAAACUCAAACAUUAAAGAGUUAGCACUUUUGAUUAAUUUAUUACCAGAUUAUGCUAGCCAUUUCUUAAAAUUGAUUUGUAACUUGUUAGAGACUUAUAAAGACCUUAUGAAUGUAGCAUACAAGAGUUUAAUUAGUACAGAAUCAGACAACCAGCAUCUGUUUAGUGUAUCUUGGGCUAGAGAUCCUGACAUCACUCGUUUGCUGCAAUCUCUACCAAACUGGAAGAACUUGAAAUUCGACCAUGAUGCCGAAGAAACUCAAUUUGAAGAGUCUCCAGAGGAGAUUCGGCUUCGUAAUAAAGAAGAGUCAGAGUUGUUGAAUAGAAAUCUAUCAUGCAAAGAGUGUAUAUCACCCGCAGAGAUAAUUUCGGAUCAUAAUAAAUUGAAAAAUCUUGCUUUUUUGCACGAAAGCAUGGAGUGGUUUACCUUCCAGAUUCUUCAGUUUUCUGACACUCUUCCUGAUAUGCAAGCAAGUGUUGCAUUUUUGCCUGAUAAAAUGAAUGGUGAAGGUGAUGCUACUUUGGAUCUAGCCCUAAGCAUGACAACUAAAGGUUGUCUGAAAAAUUUGGCCAAAGAAUUUGAGGAUCUUGCUGAUACUUGCUUACUAGUGCUUCAUUUGGAAGUCCGUGCACAUUGCUUCUUUCACCUUAUGCAACCAUCCAAAUUAGGAUCGUACAUAACACGAAAAGAUGAUGAAGAGCCAGAGCCUCAAGUUGUUAAAUUAAAUCAGGAUCUUUCCAAGAUUGAUGAGUCGUUAUCACCGGUAUUGCAGACUAAGAAAAUGAAAUAUAUUUUUGAAGGCAUCGGUGAGCUGCUGUCAACCAUACUUAUCAAACGUGUUUCAAAUAAUAAUAAAAUAAAGGAAAAUGAUAUUAAGAAAAUGGGCAGAAAUAUUUUUGCCAUUCAGCAAAAUUUAGCUGGUAUAACCAUGACAAGAGAAGUUGCCUUAGAUAGAGCUAGACAGUUCUAUGAUCUUCUAAACCAUACAUGUGAAGAAAUUUUAAAUCAAAUAGUUGAAGAAGGACCUCAAUUUCAAGAACAUGAAUAUACUGUAGUCAUAAAACUUUUGUGUAACAGUCGGGAAAUGCAUGGUGAACAAAAUUCUUUAAAUGAUUAUUUGGAGAAAUUACGUCAAAUAUUAGAUGAAGUUGCUGUUAGUGUUUAGAAUUUUUAUAUUAAAGCGUCUCUUUGUGGUAGAACAUGUUGUUCUGAUAUAAUUCUUUUUUUAAAUUUUGAAAUUGAGAUAAUUUCAAUUAUUUGUAUUUUCAGAUUUUUUUACCAACAUGUACUAAACAGGAGUAAACUUAUCACACAGAAAUUUAUAAAAAAUUAUGAAAUAGAUAUUUAUUAAAUUAUAUUUGAUAAGUUUUAUUUUUGUUACAUUUGUCAUUACAAUAACUCUAACAUUGUAAAGAUUUAUGUAAUUUGGGCUUAUUAUAGUUAAAAUAUGAUUUUCGUUUCAAAGCAUCUAUCAUUGUGAUAUUUUGUGAAAUUGUCUAAAAUGUAACGUAGUAUUGUCAAAUAUUAUGUUAUGUUCCUCAAAAAUUAUAAGUGGAAGUUUUAGGAAAUUUUUUAACUAAUUUAAUAAAAUUAAACCAUAUUUGUAAAUAACAUUUGUCUAAGCACUCUCCUCUAUUAUUAUAUUUUUAUUUAGUUUAAUCAGGGCUUAAUUUCUAACAAAAAAGUGAUAGAACUCUAAUACAUAGCAUUUAGUUUU